AUGGGCUCUAUUAUGUCUCAACCCAUGCCCUCUAAUACUUCCAGAAAUAAAGAGGAUAUACUGGACCAGGCCGUCGAGUUCUUGGAACAGUACUUCAUCCACCUCAAAAAACCAAGUUCAUCGGAAUUGGCGCAAAGGUUGGCCGAAAUAGCGACAGAGAUAGAGCGCACCGGCACUUACCACAUGAGUACUGAAGAACUGCAUUUCGGCGCAAAAACUGCGUGGCGUAAUGCAGCAAGGUGCAUUGGACGCAUUCAGUGGAACAAACUGGAGCUACAGGAUGCCAGACAUGUCCGCACCACUCAAGAGAUGUUUGCCGCUCUCUGUCAACACAUCUCUUUC